GUGGAUAAGAUUAUGUGCUUCGUAAUUAUUAUAAAAAACAUAAAUAAGAAAGAAUCUGGUGGUUGAUUGUGUUUUCCGUAACUCUCUCGUCAUGUAUCUAUGCAAUAAUGGAAGUCUAUCAUAAAUGGGAUCAAAGUCCAGUCAUAGUUACAUUGGCUACUAAAGAAACACCGAUCUACUCUAUACCAUUCCCAGCUGUAACCAUAUGUCCAAACUCAAAAGUCAACGCGAAUAUGUAUAAUCACACAAGUGUUCUUCGAAAAACUUUAUAUACAAGAAAACAGCUGACACCAGAAGAACGAAAACAUAUGGAACACUUGAGUCAUCUAUGCAACUUGAAUUAUAAUCUGGGUCUCUUCAAGAAAGUAUAUUUACAAAAUGAUUUUUAUGAAAUUUUGAAUGAUACGAAGAGCUCAUUCCCUUUGCAGAAGUGUCGUUUUUUGGGAAAACCUAUAUCUUGUAAGGAUUCAUUUAUACCAAUAAUCACGGAUGAAGGAAUUUGUUACUCGUUUAAUAUAUUAGAUAGAUCGAAAAUUUUCAAGGGGCGAGUUGCAGAAAUAAUGAAUUUUCACAAAACUGGACAUACUGAUGACGUAUGGACGAUUGAUAAAGGAUACAGCAGUGAUGCUCCACUGGAGCCUUAUCCUAGAAGAGCUUUAUUAUCUGGAAUUUCAAAUGCAUUAAACAUCAAACUUACAUCAUAUAAGAAAGAUUAUGACACAGUCUGUACAUUUGGUUCACAAGGAUAUAAGGUAGUAAUUGAUCUGCCAUCUAAUAUUCCAAGAUCAAUGCAAGGGUAUAUCAUGGUACCUGAAAACGAAGUGGUAGUCGUAGGUAUCACUCCAGAUGUGAUUAAAACUUCUCCUGCACUUAGUGAUUAUGAUAUUGAAGCAAGAAACUGCUACUUCUCUCAUGAAAAACCAUUGAAAUAUUUCAAAAUUUAUACAGUUAAUAAUUGUAGACUGGAAUGUUUGACAAACUUAACUCUACAUCAUUGUGGAUGUGUCGCAUUUUAUAUGCCAAAAGCAAAUACUACCAAAAUAUGUGGCAAGCGUUCAAGUGAAUGCAUGAAAAUCGCUGCAUCAGAGAUGGAUCUUUCAGAUUUGCCAGAUUUCAGUAGCCUAAUAAAUUCAACGAGAAGAAGAAAAAAACAUGGUAACGUUUCGGAAUGUAAUUGUUUACCACCGUGUUCUGAAUUGUCAUACAAUAUGGAAACGUCGUAUGGAAAAUGGGAUUGGUCUAGUACUUAUCAAUCCCUUUUCAAUCUUACUUCGAUUUCAAUCAAAUCAAAGUCGGAGCUAAUCGUCUUCUUUAAAAAUUCAGACUUUAUUUUCUCGCAAAGAAAUGCUCUGUAUGGACCAUUGGACUUUUUGGCUAAUUUUGGAGGGCUCUUAGGUCUUUUCACAGGAUUUUCCCUAUUAUCCCUCAUGGAAAUAAUUUAUUUCUUAACUUUGAGAAUUUUUUGCAACUGCAGAUUAUAUGGAUAUUGGGCAGGUAAAGAAAAUUGAUUAUUUUUCACCAAAUUUAGUUCCUUGCUUA